AUGGAGGAUGUCAUCGACUUCAUUCAGAGCCGUCCGCUGAUUGGGUAUCAGAUGGACGGCGCACACCUGAACAACGUCCUGGUCAGUCUUGCUCGUCAGCAGCAGCAGCUGAUGGACGCCCAGAACCGGCUCAACAACCGUCUCGGCGAUAUUGUCGACGACGUACGAGAGAUUCGCGACCACCAGAAGCAGCUAGAAUCUGUGAUUGGCGAGCUCGGUGGUCCUGCGCAGCUGCACCACGUCCGAUCGCGCAUCGCUGACGUGGAGAGGGCCGUGGACGGGCUAGCGAGAGACAUGCAGGAUACAAAAGACGUCGCGAAUGCCGCCGGACGAGAUGCCAAUCAAGCUGGCCGGCUCGCAGAUGACGCAAGCCGGGCCGCUUCUAGCCUCCGUGACUCGGUGAACGCGCUAGGCGGGGACAUGGAAAAAGUUGCCCACCAGCUGGAGUCCCACCGUAAAAGCAUCGGCAAGGCGCUCGGCGAUCUUGAGAAGGACCGCCAGCACUUAGAGCAGCAGGUGCGCGAGGCUAUCCGAGAGGUACAGCAGCGCAUUGAGCGCGAGAGCGGGGUAGAGCGGCUGCGUCAAAUGCUGGACGAGCUCAGCGACCGCACGGAUGAGAAUUUCCGCAGCGUUGAGGAGAGCGCGCGAGCGGUGGACGCGGAGCUGUCGCGGCAGGACACCAAUCAAGCCGCCCUUCGUGCAGAAAUUUCCGCGCUAGAUGAACGAGCCCGCACUGCGCUUGCGGCGCUAUCGAGUGACGCAGAUAACAAGUACCACAAGUUGUUAGACGCCUUCCGUCAGUACGAGGCCGGGUGGACGGACUUGGAAGAGCACAUGGUGCGUGCAGGACAGCUGUUGGCGAGCCGCAAGCAACUCUCUCCGCGUUCUACGAGUAUUCGACGCUGA